CAGCAUUAUCCGGGUCCACGGAUAAUCUGCGGCCUUGGACAGCGCCUCAGCAGCUUCACUAGCGUGGUGGGCCCUUGUGCCCUAGAGCUCAGUAAACACCGCGCGGGAGGCGGUGCGGGGAGAGGGGUUCCUCGCCUCUGUACAGGCAGCACCGUUCCCUAGGGAGAGACCGGUGGAAGAGGCUUCCCUCCUUGCCCGGGGAAGAGGGCAGUUCGGAUCAUCCUUCCCCGGUUGCGUGGGCACCUGCGCGUCCGCGUUAGCUGGGGCCGCCACGUCAGGGCCUGCUGCAUCUUCUCUACUGGAAACCUUUCCAGUCUCUGGGUGCUGGGUUUGUUUUCACGCAUCUCUGGUUUUGGUGCGUCUCCAGGAAUAAACGUGAUGAUCCUUUACUCCCUUUUAGCCACUAGCCGGUUUUACCGCUAUGGCCACGCUGAGUGUGAAGCCGGGACAGAGGUUCACCUUGCGGGACUGGCACACCAACUCUGAGCUCAUCUCGGUUAACGCCGAACGCCAGCGUUCUGCUUCCCACUGCAUCCGGCAGGAAGCCCGGGUUCUCCGCAACGAAACCAACAACCAGACAAAAUGGGAUGAGCAUGACAACCAAACCCGCCUGGCUGAACGUAUCAACAGUGUGAACAGAUGGAAGGAGACUCUGGACAAGUGCCUUGCAGACGUAGAUGCGGAAAUUGAUGCCUUAGCCAAAGUGAAGGAAGCAGCUGAACAUGCCCUCCAGGCAAAGAACUUGCCUUUGGAUGUUGCCAUUGAGUGCCUGACACUCCGCGAGAGCCGCCGCGCCAUCGACGUGGUGAGGGACCCCGUGGAGGAGGAGCUGCAUAAGGAGGUGGAGGCGAUAGAAAAGGCCAAGAGAGACCUGCAGCAGAGGACAAAUGAAGCCUUCGAGCAGCUCUGCCUUUUACAGGAAGCUCGCCAGCAGUUGAACUUUGAUCAUCGGGGCAAGAUGGAAGCGCUGGAAAUAGAUCGAGUGUGCUUAUCCCUCAAUGUGAACUCUCCCAACAUCUCCUUCAAGGUCAAUCCAACACGGGUCCCAGACGGAUCAACUGCACUUCAGGACUGGGACAAUUAUAGCCAACGCAACAAGGACCAUGCUGAGGCAGAAAUGAAAGCCUCAAAUGAGCUCCGGGAAGCAAUAGCACUUACCAUUGCCCGGACGAACAACGAGCUGGAGGCUCAGCGUGUAGCUACAGAGUUUGCUUUACGCAAGAGGAUUCGAGACUUGGAAAAAGCCUAUGAUGAGCUGAAAUGGCAGGAGAAGAAUACCUUGGAGGAAAUUGCUGAGAUGGAAGAGGACAUUCGACGUUUGGAAGAUGAUCUUCGGAGGAAAAUGCAAGACCUGAAACUGGCACACACUCGCCUGGAAACCCGCACGUAUCGGCCCAAUGUGGAGCUAUGUCGGGAUCAGGUCCAGUACGGUCUGACAGAUGAGGUACAGCAGCUGGAGGGAACGAUCAGUGCCCUGAAGCAGAAGCUAGCGCAGGCACAGGAUGCCUUGGACGCUCUCUACAAACAACUCUACCGCAUCCAGACAGAUGUUGGCUACAAAGCUAAUUCCCUGGUGCUAGAAAACAAGUGCAUAGACAGCCGGAGAAAGCUCACAGUCCCUGCCGAGAAAUUUGUGCCAGAGGUUGACACCUUCAACCGGACCACGAACCGUACACUCUCCCCGCUGAAGAGCAGGCAGUUGGAGCUGGCUUAGUGUGCUGUGGCAUGUUGUGCAAUGAGCCACACCAAAGAGAAAGCUACCAGUGACUCAGUUCCGUAGCAAGAAAAAUGGACAUCUGUGUCAUGUUAGGAUAAUGUAAUUCUCUUCCCUCCCCCUGGUUUGUUAUAUAACUGUCUGUCCCCUUGUAUGAUGUUUAUAGCCUCUUGCACUCUGAGGAGCAUUAUAAACAAUAUAGAGUCUGUCCCCAAGAGCAGUUGUCAUCUGAAUGUGUUGGAAGCAUUUCACGGUGAUUGAAUCCAUCUGGACUCUUUAGUGCUUUAAGUCCUUUAAAGUGCAAGGUUGUGCUCUGAAAAGGGACUGUGUAACAGUGGCAGCAUGCCAGAUCUGCUCUGUGGGUGUAU